AUGACAUGCACAUUUCAGCUAAUAAAGUUGAUUGAAUGUACAUGCAGGGGGUUGAUGCAGCAGUUCAUGACAUUCCCUAGAGCAAGUAGAAGAAUAUGCUGUCAGCACUUGUACAGUAACUGUAAGACAAAUGGAUUUGGUGGAACAACUUUUCACAAGCUCUUCUGGAUUGCAGCUGAUGCAUACAAUCCAUAUGUCAUUAAUAAAGUUAUGGGGAAGAUUCAUGCCCACAAUCCAAAAGCUGUUGAGUACUUGAACAAUACCACAGAGGUUUGGUCAAGGCAUCAGUUUGAUACAUCACUUUGUUGUGAUCAUAACACAACCAAUUUUGUUGAAUCAUUCAAUUCCUGCACCAAGCCAUACAAAGAUCUACCUGUUCUAAAACUUCUUGAAGGUAUAAGGCAAUGGUGCAUGAAUAGGAUGGCUCCAAGGUUUGAUAAAGCACCAUCCAUGGGUGAUAGGGACCUCACUGAGUAUGCAACCAAGAUCUUGCAACAGAGAUCUGAUGAGUCCAGGUUCUGCUAUGCAACUCCAUGUGGUGGUGAUGAGUUUGAGGUGAAGGACCAACAUGUGCAUUUUCCUAUCAAGCUAGGGACUGGAACUUGUGGUUGUGGGAAGUGGCAACAUUCAGGGAUCCCAUGCAAACAUGUGCUAAGGGUGAUUUACCACAAGAGGCUUCAACCUGAAGAUUUUAUAUCUCCUUAUUUCAAAGGGAGGGCAUACAAAAGCACUUAUGCUGAGCAUAUGCACCCAAUUCCUGACCCAAGUCAAUGGCCUUCAUUCAACCUCCCUGACCUACUUCCACCACCAGUAAAAAGAUCUGUAGGUAGAUCAAAGAAGCAGAGAAGAAGAGGGCCAAAUAAAUCAAGGAAAGGGAAAAGGCAUAGCACAAUUAAGUGCAGCUUAUGCAAUGAGUUGGGCCACAACAUGUUGACAUGUGCAGCAAAGAAAAAGAAUGCAGUAACUUAA